CGAAAACACAGGAAGCACCUAUUAUUUCAAUUCUGGUCAAGUAGCUGAACAGACGUUGCCAAGAUGAACUCUCUUUUUGUUAUUGCUUCUCUGGUGGUUUUGAGUGCUGUGCAGGCGCAAGAUGCCGCAACAACAGUGAAACCCCAUCAUCACAGUCACCAGACGCAUGCCGCCCAUGUCCACACCACACACGAGGCCAAGGAGACAGACAAGUACUCCUUUGUCUAUGACGGGAAAAGUCAUGAUAUGGUUGUGAAGACAGGAGAUGAUUGUUACAUCAUGCCUCUGACUGACAAACAGAGAACCAUGGUUCACGACCCUGCUGAAAUCAAGAAAGUGGAGGCUAAAGCUCUCAGGUUGAUCAUCGACAACUCUGUCCAGAGCAAUAUUGACCAGUCCGUCCUUGACCACCAUCUUGCACAUUUCUGCAAAGGUUCCACCAAGAUCAUUAUGCUCGCCAACAAUUAAACAAUGUACACUUCGUAUCAGCUCGUUGCCAUAACUACGUAUCGUUAUGAGGAUGCCGUGUGAGAGUGAAGGA